CAUGAAUGAUGUUGUGUUUGUGAUGACAAACUCAAGAUUAGCAAAGAAAAAACAAACUAGAAGAAGUCUUGAUUAUGACUAUAGUCUUGAUGAGUUGGACGCUGAUGAACAGUGGAUUGUUGCCGACGAAGAUGGAGAAGAAGAAGAUUUAGAUGCUCUAAUUUCAGAUCCUGAUUUAAAUGAUGAAGCAAGUGGUAAUAGAGUUGUUGGUGCCUCUAAGGAUCCUUUGACAAUUCCUUAUCUUGAUGAUGAUGAGUUUGAAGAACUUCUCCAAGGACCUCUUCCUCCUGCUCCUGAUAAUGAUGAAGAUGGUAAUGCAGAAGUUUGUGAAACUCGUGAAGAUUUUAUGACUGAUGAAGAAUAAAAUGAUUAUUAAAUAACUU